AUGCCUCCAAAGAAGCAACCAGAAAAGAAGAAAGAACUCGAAGAAGAAGUGAAAGGUUAUAAUAUAGAGAUAAUGACUUUGGAUGAGCUGAAGCAAUAUGCACAUGUACUAGAAAAAGAGAUUGAAGCAUUUCGCAAGCAUUGCAGUUUCUAUCAAAAGUGUGACGACGAGUUGGUUCAGUUGCAGAGGUCCUCCAAGCAGGAUUUGGAACUUAAGGAAGACUUGAUUCUGUCCAAAGAUGUGGAUCUGGAGAAGCUGAAAAUUGAUUUCUUAGCAAAGAUUCGGGAAAAAAGAGAAUGGCCGCAGUAUGAUAAACUUGUUGGCAGCAAUCGAAGAGAUCGACAAGCGUCUGUAACCUCUGAACGUCUUGAAAUUGAAGCCAACCGUCAUUUUGAAGAGGAGAAAAGAUUGAAAGAAGUUCUGAGAAAGAAGGAUGAGGAGUUUGAAGCUUUGAAAAGAAAAACAGAAAUGGUAAGAAGACAGGUGAAAGAAGAAGGCCAGGAGUAUAUUGCGAGUGUUAAGGAAAGUCAAAAACCUUUGCUUCAGAGUUGUGUGAAGUCUUUGAUGACGUUCUUGGUAGAAACUAAAGAGGAAUUCGAAAUAGCCAGUGAAACCCUUGAAAAAGAGGCCGAAGAAGCGAAAAAUUUUGCAGAAAGAAAUUUCCGAAUGGCGUGUGAGUCAUUAAAAGAAAAGAUAAUGAACACUUACCAGGACAGAACUCGAAAAGAUUUAGAUACAAUAAAUAAACUUCAAGAAGAAAUAAUGGCAACGGAGAGGGCUAUUGAAAAAUCAAAAGCAAAACUCGAAGCUCAGAGAACUAACCUGUCUCAACAAAAGGGAAUGAAUAAAGUUACAACAAGUAAAAGAAACUCAGCACAUCCUAUUCCAAAAUUCGAUGCUGAACCAGUGAAAAUGGCUAUUGAACUUAGCAACCACAAAAAGAUUGAAAGGCUGACUUUGGAAAACCAGAUACUCGAGGAGAAAAUUCGGGACGUGUCAGAGAAAGUCGAAAGCCUCAAGCGACAAUUCACCUCUGGCCUGAAGAAAGUGCGCGACAUGGCCGAAAUCAAAAUUAAUCUUCUGGAGCAAAAAUUGCAACAGAUCCGAGAAGAUAAUACAAGUGAGACACGCUCCAGAAGUUUAACACAAGAAUCGGAAUAA